AUGGCUGUAUCAUGUGGGGAAAAUGGACUUCCAGUAACAAUUGUGAGUGACAAUGGCCCACAAUUUACCUCAAGAGAAUUUGAAGAGUUCUUGAAUGCUAACGGCAUAAAGCACAUCAAGACAUCACCGUACCACCCAUCUAGUAAUGGACUUGCAGAGCGUUUUGUCCAAACUUUCAAGCAAGCCAUGAAAUGCAGUAAGAAUGAUGCAGGGUGCAUUGAAAGAAAACUGGCAAAUUUCUUAUUGGCGUAUAGAAAUACUGCCCAUGCAACAACAAAUGAGACACCAGAAAAGCUCAUGAUGGGGAGGGAGUUGAGAACGAAAAUGGAUCUUUUGAGGCCAAACACAGAGUUACAUGUCAAGCAGAAGCAAGAAGAAAUGUGUUUACAGAGAACUACACAGAACAGAGAAUUUGAACCAGGACAGUCGGUAAUGAUGCGUGAUUAUCGUGGGAAGGAUAAAUGGAUUCCGGGAAUGAUUGCUCAAAGAACUGGACCUGUUUCCUAUCGUGUGCAAGUGGACCCUUCAACACAGUGGAGGAGGCAUGCAGAUCAGAUUGUAACAUCACAGAUUCCAAUCAUGUUACCAGAUAUCGAGAUACCUGAGCCGAGUGUUUCAAGUUCAGUUUCAAUGGACAAUUGGGCAGAGAAGUUAAAAACGCCGAACAGCAGAUCUUUACCGUCGGUUUAUUCGGACAGUGCGAAGAGAUCAACUCCGUUGGUUAAACCUACUGUUGCGAAAAACAUGGAGUCUAGUCAGUCUACACCGCUGAAACCAACAGCACCCAUCCAGUCCGAGAGACGUUACCCGUUACGUACCCGUCAACCAAAAAUCCUGGAAGAUUAUGUAUACUCCAAGUAA